AUGGAUGAGAAGGAGAAUUGGAGAAUUCGUAUUCCACCUAGUGGGGAUGUUAGCGAAGACAGUGACUGCAGCAGUAGCGAAGAUGAAUAUGUACCACCGAAAAAGAUUAGAGACUAUGCCUAUAGUCAGAAAGGAGGAGAAAGUGAUCAGGAAGCAAGAGGGUCAGGCGAGAUGUCAGUUUCUUCCGUGGUUGAAGUCGAGGUGUGUAUUGGAAUCAAUAUCCCACGUAGGAAGCCCGUAUGGAGGAUUGUACAGGAAAGUGACCCAGAAUCAGCACGAGAGCUGCCUGCAUGGAAAGGCCGUGAGUAUGAAUCGGAAACAGUGCGAGCACCAAUUGAAUAUUUCAAAUAUUUUUUUGACUCGGAUGUAAUGCACCAAAUAGUUGCGGAAACCAAUAUCUAUGCGAGCCAAAGCGAUCCCUCCAAACAACUAAACCUUACAAUUCCAGAAAUGGAGAAGUUUCUUGGUUGUGUCGUUUACAUGUCUAUUUUUCGUCUACCGAGAACACGUAUGUUUUGGGCUGUGGAAACAAAGGUUAACUGCGUUGCCGAUGUAAUGACCCGUGAUCGAUGGGAAAGAAUAAAAAAGAUGCUCCAUUUCAAUAACAACGAUUUACUUCAUGGCGAUUCUGAUGUUCAACAAGAUCGAUUGUUUAAAAUCAGACCCCCGUUAGAAAUGCUUAAAGCAAAAUUCAAACCACUGCAUCAAGAGCAAGUUUUAUGUAUCGACGAGCAGAUGGUUCCGUUUCCUGGGAGGUCAGGGCUGAAACAAUAUCUUCCCAAAAAGCCCCACAAAUGGGGGUAUAAAAUUUUUAUGUUGUGUGGAACAGAUGGUUUGGUACACAACUUUGAAAUAUAUACAGGAAAGAUACAUCCUGUUUCUGGUUACCCUGAUCUCGGAGCUAGUGCUAACAUAGUCAUCAAACUGACCGAUAAUGUGGAGAAUGAUGUAAAUCACGUACUCUGUUUUGACAAUUGGUUUACGUCCAUACCUUUGAUGUCCGUUCUCGCCAAAAGGAAGAUCUAUUGUAUAGGGACGGCGAGACAAAAUCGGUUAUUGGGAUGCGAGCUGGAAUCUGACAAAGAUUUGAAAAAUAGAGGCCGGGAUGUUAUCAGGAAAAGACGUCAUGUGUUGACUCUGUUGAGGACACUGAAAUAA